AUGACUGAACAUAGUUUUCAGGAUAAAAUUGCUUUAAAAAGUCUUGAACAAUUUAGAUUACUUUCUAAAAAUGGUAAGCCAAAAGAAACUGAAUGGACAAUAUUGUCCUGCAUUCUUGUGGAAAUUAAUGAACACCUGGAAGUAGUUGCGUUGGGUACGGGUUCGAAAUGCAUUGGUCAAAACAACUUAUCUCCAAAUGGGGAUAUUCUUAAUGAUUCUCAUGCGGAGAUUAUUUGUAGACGGUCUUUUUUACUAUACUUGUAUGAGCAAAUUAAUUUAUCUUAUGACAACAAUAGUUCCAUUUUUGUAUUCGAAAAAGAUAACAAAAACCUAACUCUCAACAAUAAUGUCAGGUUUCACUUUUUCACAACACAUGUGCCAUGUGGUGACGCUGCAAUUUUUCCCAAACAAAAUAAUGAUAAUUUCGGUGAAAUAAUUGAAGAUUUUGCUUCUACGGAGGAAGCGGAUGAUAACGCCGAACAACCAGCCAAGAAGCGCAAACUUGAUAUUUAUAGAACUGGAGCUAAAUGUCUGGAAGGUGAUCAACAAGAUCCGAAAUUAGAAGGAUGUGGUUAUCAUAUUUUGGGAGCUGUACGGAGGAAACCAGGACGAGGUGAUCCAACCUUAUCAGUUUCUUGUAGCGAUAAAAUCUCUAAAUGGUGCCAUUUAGGUAUUCAAGGGUCUUUGUUAUACUUAUUGAUAAAUAAGCCAAUAUAUUUAAGUAGUUUUACCAUAAUUGGAAACACACCAUUUAGUAAUAAAGCAUUAGAAAGGGCACUCUAUAAUAGACUAGAACAUUUUUCAAUGGAUUCUCCGUUCUCACAACAUAAAUUGUUAAUUGGACAAUCAACAUUAAAUUUUGAAUAUGUUAAAACAGAAACAAAAUAUCCAAGUUCCACUAGCAUAUCAUGGAUAAAAGUUAAUAAAACGCAUUUAUUAGAAGUGGCAGUCCAGGGAAAAAGGCAAGGUGUAACAAAAAAAAAUAAAAACACGGCAGCAGCUAGAAUGUCAAUUUGCAAAUUAAAUUUGUUUAAAAAAUUUAUUAAUACAGUUAAUAAAUUGCAAAUAACACUAAACUUUGAUGAUAUGGAUAAAUUAAAGUAUAAAACAGCAAAAACGUUGUCUAAAGAAUAUACACAAGCUACUUGUACUUUUAAAAAUGCUGUAAGAGUUUGGACUAAAAAACCAGAGAAUUUAUCAGAUUUUUCUUAUGAUCUGUAACAUCUGUAGUUAUAAAAAUGUUACUAAACUACUGUAAAUUUUAUACAAUUGUUAGUUUUAAAUAUUUUAAUGUUGUAUUGCUAGGAACCAACAACAAUCAGAUACACAACAGUAACACAUGUAAAUAGAUAUAGUUUCAGUCUAGUUUUAUAUUAAUGUUGAAAAUCAAAUGUGAUUACUAUAUCAACAGUUUAUAAAACUGUUAAUAAAAAUAUUGUAAUAUAAAUAAAAAA